AUUUGUGACGGCCUUAGCCGUUUUGAUCUGAAUCUAUUCCCUUCGCUUUUCUCCCUCGCUCGCUCGUUUGUCCAUCGUCCAAAUUUGGUUCAUUCCGUCAAAAUCUUUGGCUAGCUUCGCUGCUAGUUCUGCCUCUUUCCAAUCUAGCGUUUGACCCGGGUAUUCUUUCCGCUUCCUUUUUCGUACUCACCACUUGCCCUCUUCUUCUCUGGAUUUUUUAUUCGUUUUAGUUUAACUGGGUUGCUUCAGAUUCAUUUCUUGAGUGGAUGGGGUUGCUCUUGUAUGUGAGUAUGUUUGAAGUCCAGUCUAUAUUUGCUUAGAAGCCCUUGUUUAGAUUUUUGGGGGGUUAUCUGUAAGGGAUGGUGUCUAGAUCUUACUCGAACCUGCUGGAGCUCGCCUCCGGCGAGUCUCCGUCGUUCAGCCGGAUGAGCCGCCGGAUCCCGCGCAUCAUGACGGUUGCGAGCAUCAUCUCGGACGUCGACGACGACAACCGGUGGGAGGGGUCGUGCUCCGACCCGUCCUCGUCAUCGACCCAACGGGACCGGAUUAUCAUUGUGGCCAAUCAGCUGCCCAUCCGAGCUCAGCGGAAAUCGGAUAGCAAUGAUAGAGGUUGGACCUUUAAUUGGGAUGAGAACUCUCUGCUCCUCCUGUUGAAAGAUGGUUUAGGUGAUAAUGACACUGAGUUUAUCUAUGUUGGUUGUCUUAAGGAAGAUAUCCACCCUAGUGAGCAGGAAGAGGUCUCUCAAAUACUACUUGAAACUUUUAGAUGUGUCCCGACUUUUUUGCCCUCUGAUUUGUUUACUAGAUACUAUCACGGGUUCUGCAAGCAACAGCUGUGGCCAUUGUUCCAUUACAUGUUGCCUUUGUCGCCCGACCUCGGUGGUCGGUUCAACCGGUCCUUGUGGCAGGCUUAUGUCUCAGUCAAUAAGAUUUUCGCUGAUAGGAUCAUGGAAGUGAUUAAUCCGGAGGAUGAUUUCGUUUGGGUACAUGAUUACCAUUUGAUGGUGUUGCCGACUUUCUUGAGGAAAAGGUUCAAUAGAGUGAAGCUUGGGUUCUUCCUUCAUAGCCCGUUUCCCUCUUCGGAGAUUUACAAGACAUUGCCGAUCAGGGAGGAGCUUCUGAGGGCUCUCCUGAAUUCUGAUUUGAUAGGGUUCCACACUUUCGACUAUGCACGCCAUUUUCUGUCUUGUUGUAGUCGGAUGCUUGGUCUUACCUAUGAAUCGAAGAGGGGUUAUAUAGGUCUAGACUAUUAUGGUCGGACUGUCAGUAUUAAAAUUCUUCCGGUUGGGAUACACAUGGGACAAUUGCAGUCAGUUUUAAGCCUUCCUGAGACCGAAGCCAAGGUGGGCGAACUUAUUAAGCAGUUCUGUGGUCAGGGUAGGGUAAUGUUGCUCGGUGUAGAUGACAUGGAUAUUUUUAAAGGAAUUAGCUUGAAACUGUUGGCCAUGGAGCAACUCCUAGUUCAACACCCAGAGUAUGAGGGUAAAGUUGUUUUAGUGCAGAUAGCUAAUCCGGCUCGGGGCAAAGGGAAGGACGUGAAGGAAGUGCAAGCAGAAACUUAUUCCACCGUGAAACGUAUCAACGAAACUUUUGGCAGACCGGGUUAUGAGCCAGUAGUGUUGAUCGACCAGCCUCUUAAGUUUUACGAGAGAAUUGCCUACUAUGUUGUUGCCGAGUGUUGUUUGGUAACAGCUGUCAGGGAUGGGAUGAAUCUCAUUCCUUAUGAGUACAUAAUCAGUCGCCAAGGAAACGAGAAACUGGACGAGGUCUUUGGCUUGAAACCUUCAACUCCUAAAAAGAGCAUGCUGGUCGUCUCUGAGUUCAUAGGGUGUUCGCCAUCCUUGAGCGGAGCAAUUAGGGUAAAUCCUUGGAAUAUAGAUGCCGUGGCUGAUGCGAUGGACUGCGCCUUGGAAAUGCCGGAAGGGGAGAAGCAGCUCCGUCAUGAAAAGCAUUAUAAGUAUGUCAGCACGCAUCAUGUUGGAUACUGGGCCCGCAGUUUCCUUCAGGAUUUGGAGAGAACGUGUCGAGAUCACUCUCGCAGGAGGUGCUGGGGCAUUGGGUUCGGGCUCAGUUUUAGAGUAGUUGCGCUGGAUUUGAAUUUCAGGAAGCUUGUCAUGGAGCACAUAGUGUCAGCUUACAAAAGGACCACGACGAGGGCUAUACUUCUGGACUACGAUGGUACUUUGAUGCCCCAAGGUUCCAUUGACAAGAAGCCGACUCAGAAAUCGGUUGAGAUCGUAAAUAGUCUCUGCCGAGAUAAGAACAACAUGGUACUUAUUGUCAGUGCUAGAACCAGGGAGAUGCUAGCUGAGUGGUUCACUCCUUGCAGAAGAUUAGGGAUAGCUGCUGAGCACGGUUACUUCUUGAGGAUGAACCGAGAUGCAGAUUGGGAGACGUGUGUUCCAGUUGCAGACUGUACCUGGAAACAGAUCGCGGAACCAGUUAUGAACCUCUACACCGAGACAACCGAUGGCUCGACCAUCGAAAACAAAGAAACUGCACUUGUUUGGUCCUAUGAAGAUGCAGAUCCAGACUUUGGAUCGUGCCAGGCUAAGGAACUUCUUGACCAUCUUGAAAGUGUGCUUGCCAAUGAACCAGUGACUGUGAAGAGUGGGCAAAACACGGUGGAGGUUAAGCCACAGGGAGUGAGCAAGGGAAUUGUCGCCAAGCGAUUGUUGUCUGCCAUGCAAGAGAGGGGAAUGACGCCGGAUUUCGUCCUGUGCAUCGGCGACGACAGAUCCGACGAGGACAUGUUCGAGGUGAUUACUAGUUCCGUGGCCAAUUCGACCAUCGCUCCCGACGCGGAGGUGUUUGCGUGUACCGUUUGCCGUCAGCCGAGCAAGGCCAAGUACUAUCUGGACGAUACAGCGGAGAUCGUCAGGCUGAUGCAGGGUCUGGCUUCCGUUUCGGAGCUCUCGGAGUCUGUGUAAGGGUGUUCAUCGAGAAGAGCAUUCAUUCGUUUGCAACCGUAAAACUAGUUUGCACCUUCUGUUUACUGCUUUUAACAUCCCGGUUUUGGCCCGGGUUUCGGUUUAGCAUUAGAUGUAAAUAUGGGUGGCUUUGCGCGAGCUUGAUCCACACUUCCAGUGCUUGAAUUGAUGAUAAUCUUCAGCGAAUGCAGUCGGUCCUCUUGCCUUG